CAGCAACUAGCCAUUCUCUGACACCUCAAAGUGAUGUGGACUCCAGUAGCUCUGAAGAAUUCUAUCAGGCUGUGCAUCAUGCUGAGCAAACCUUCAGAAAAAUGGAAAGUUACUUGAAACAACAGCAACUCUGUGAUGUUAUCCUGAUUGUUGGGAACCGAAAGAUACCUGCACAUAGGCUUGUUCUGAGCUCAGUCUCCGACUAUUUUGCUGCCAUGUUUACAAGUGAUGUUUGCGAAGCCAAGCAAGAGGAGAUCAAGAUGGAAGGCAUAGACCCAAAUGCUCUCUGGGACCUUGUUCAAUUUGCAUAUACAGGUUGCUUGGAAUUAAAGGAAGAAACCAUUGAAAACCUUCUUGCUGCAGCUUCCCUUCUUCAGCUUCCUCAAGUAGUAGAAGUGUGCUGCCAUUUCCUCAUGAAGCUCUUGCAUCCAUCUAACUGUUUAGGAAUCCGAGCAUUUGCAGAUGCUCAAGGAUGUAUUGAAUUAAUGAAAGUGGCCCACAGCUACACAAUGGAAAACAUAAUGGAAGUUAUGAGAAAUCAAGAGUUUUUACUGCUUCCAGCUGAGGAGCUCCAUAAACUCCUGGCCAGUGAUGAUGUCAAUGUCCCCGAUGAAGAAACCAUCUUCCAUGCAUUAAUGAUGUGGGUCAAAUAUGACAUGCAGAGGAGAUGCAAUGACUUGAGUAUGCUUCUGGCCUUUAUAAGACUGCCCCUGCUUCCACCUCAGAUAUUGGCUGACCUAGAAAACCAUACAUUAUUUAAGAAUGAUCUGGAAUGUCAAAAGCUGAUUCUGGAAGCAAUGAAAUACCAUCUAUUGCCAGAAAGAAGAACUUUAAUGCAAAGUCCAAGAACUAAACCUAGAAAAUCUACAGUUGGAACUCUGUAUGCAGUGGGAGGAAUGGAUAACAACAAAGGAGCUACAACCAUAGAGAAAUAUGACCUCAGAACAAAUUUGUGGAUCCAGGCAGGGAUGAUGAACGGCAGAAGACUGCAGUUUGGUGUGGCUGUUAUUGAUGACAAACUCUUUGUAAUUGGAGGUCGAGAUGGUUUAAAGACACUGAACAGUGUUGAAUGUUACAACCCCAAAACCAAGACUUGGACUGUCUUACCACCAAUGUCAACACAUAGGCAUGGUCUAGGUGUGACGGUACUAGAAGGCCCUAUCUAUGCCGUGGGAGGCCAUGAUGGCUGGAGCUAUCUGAACACAGUGGAGAGGUGGGAUCCUCAGAGUCAGCAGUGGACAUUUGUAGCUAGUAUGUCAAUUGCCCGAAGCACAGUUGGUGUGGCAGCAUUGAAUGGCAAGUUGUAUUCAGUUGGAGGUCGUGAUGGAAGUUCCUGUUUGAGUUCAAUGGAAUAUUAUGAUCCUCACACAAAUAAGUGGAACAUGUGUGCUCCAAUGUGUAAACGAAGAGGGGGUGUUGGAGUGGCCACAUGUGAUGGUUUUCUUUAUGCAGUAGGAGGUCAUGAUGCUCCUGCUUCAAACCACUGUUCUCGGCUGCUAGAUUACGUAGAAAGAUAUGAUCCUAAAACAGAUACAUGGACCAUGGUGGCUCCUUUGAGUAUGCCCAGAGAUGCUGUUGGUGUCUGUCUCCUUGGUGACAGACUAUACGCUGUUGGUGGCUAUGAUGGGCAGACUUACCUCAACACUAUGGAAUCCUAUGAUCCACAAACUAAUGAAUGGACCCAGAUGGCUUCCUUGAAUAUUGGGAGAGCAGGUGCCUGUGUAGUAGUCAUCAAGCAACCUUGACUUAUUUUUAUUUGGAUGUAUUUUAAUUGCUGGAGUGGUUAUUUUUAUAUCAGAGGGCAAGAAUGAGAACUUCCUGAGAUGAAAAUUCUUCAAGAACAAAGAUUUUGGUAGAUUUACCUACUGAUGUCAAAAGAAAUAAAAGAUCAAACAGAAUUAUGGGAAACAAGAAAACAAACUGCUCUGGGAACACUAUCUGGUCAUGUAUUAGUUCAGGAAUGGUUAUUGGUAAUUUGUUUUGUAUUGUAGCAUACAGUAACUAGCGUUACCAAAGGCUUGUUUUUCUUAAGCAAUUAAAAGGAGAAACCGAGAUUUGUGACAUGGAUAAUUUCAUGACCACAGUUCAUUCAAUUGUUUUAUAAUCUGUGGAGAUACCAAGAGGUUGCCAAGAGUAGAAGACAUGAUAUUUCAUCGGACAGAAUUUGAUCAAUUUACUAUUUUCCUACUCAGAUGUGAUCAUACCAGGAGGUGGAAUGAUGUUUAUUAAAACAAACAUGCUUCUUCCUAAUUUUCCUAAACUAUGAACUAGAGAAACAGAUUCAUGCUUGUCUCUUGCAUUCAGAAAACAAAUCAGAGCUGCAUAUAUAAUCUGAGAGGAUGGUUGGAUUUUAUUGCAACUGUAUAAGCAAUUUGAAGCUGGAAAACACAAAGGAUCUUUUUCAUUAAGCUUACCACAUUGCUUUGCUUUUUGAACACACUGAGCCAAAGAAUUAGUACAAUUAUAGGCUUUUGCCUUAUGAUGAGUUCAGUGUAAGCAUGGAAGUUAGUUAUUCUGAAUGUUUUAUAUAUAUAUAUAUAUAUAUCUCCAUUGCAUGUUGAAGUCCUUUAGAAUUUUGUUCAUAAAGAAUCUUAGAAAUUUGAGAGAGAAAUCUAUGAUCCAUUCAUUUGGAGUGUUAAUCAUCAUUGUUAGAAGGAAGGCAGACUUCAGAUUCUCAUUCCCCACUUUUCAAACUUGUUACAUUGAUAUGCACAUUAUUUUAUGCCAAUAUUUGUAAUUGUUUAAAGCAUAUAGUAGAAACAUUACACAAUGUCCU